AUGGUUAUUCAUUGCGCCUCUCAUCGUUCCUCAACGGCCAGUGCAUUUUUGAUGCCCGACUUCACCAACAAGCAAAUUAUAUUAGAUGAAAAAUACGAGUAUAUGGAUUCAGUGGACGCCAUGAUUGGGAUGGGAGCAUUUGGAGCAGUGUUCAAGGGGAGCUUGAAGGAUUCUAGCAAUUCGAUUGCCAUAAAAAGGAUGCUCAAAGUGCACGUGAAGGAGAGCGAAUUGAAAAUGAUCAAAGAACUCAACAGUGAAUAUCUAGUCGGAGUACUAGACAUUUGCAAUUUCGACGACUUUUUCUGCUGUUUAAUAAUGGAACUCUGCGAUUGUGAUCUUGACCAUCACAUGCGCAAUAUUUCGGUCAAAGGAAGAUUGAAUCCGUCGAAUUUCAGGCUUCUUCUUGACAACAUUGCCCGAGGAUACAAAGCGCUUUAUGAGUUGAAAAUUGUACAUCGGGACAUUAAACCCCAAAACAUACUGAUCACUUAUACAGAUGCAUCGAAACAAAUUGCUUGUGCUCGGAUCACAGACUUUGGAAUUUCGAGAACCCUUGAUAACGAGGGAGAAGAGCUGUGCAACGUUGCGGGUACAUUUUAUUACAUGGCUCCAGAAGUUGGAGCGAACCUUUUAAAAACUUGUCAGUAUGACUCAAAAGUUGAUAUGUGGAGCAUCGGAUGCCUUCUCUACCAAUGCGUUACAGGAGAGGUCCCAUUCGAUGAGUGCAGUUUGUGUAAGCUCUUCCUGUAUGUGGCAGGGGCUAACUUCGACGCCUACGACCCGCCUGAGCUGCCCGACGAGCUGAGUCAAGAGGUUUCGGGGAUUAUUCAAUCACUGCUGCAGCUCGAUACCACUCAAAGAUGCACACCUACUCAGUUUUAUGACAAAGCAAUCAACUGGAGUCAACAAAUAUGUUAGCCGAUCCUUUUUUUUUAAAUGUUUAACCAUUACAAAGAGUUAUCUCAUAUCUCUACAAGUAGAUCUAUCAUUGAAAUAUAUUUGAAAAGAGAAAACAAAUUUCGGGUUUCGAAGUUCACAGAAUGUUAAUUGAUUGUCGAAUAAAAUGAUUUAUUAGU